AAUAAAUAUUCGAAUUAGAAGAGAUCUUAGUGUUGGGCAGGUGAAGUUCGUUUACUUUUACCAAAAUCUCGGAAAUGUAUGCGGCUGAAUGCGAUGUACUGUUUCGUUUGCUUUACGCUCAGGUGCACAUCAUGUUGUUUCACCAUAUACGGUAUCUUCUAGCUCAAUCGUUCUUCAUUGUGUGCAAUGGUAUGCUCGCUAGGGCUGUCUCGCUUCCACGAGAAAUUUUAAUGCCGAUCUAAUAUACAAUGGCAGUAUAGACAAAGAAUGAAGCAUACGAUCGCACCAACAUGUACAAGCAAAUGACUAGCCAGUUAUUGUGUUUUUGGUGCUGAUUUGAUGUUGAAAAAAUUUGUACCAGAAAACGAAUUUACACAUGACCGUUGAAUCAAAGUUCUACACCCAGAAAUUGCUCAAUUUGAAGUUUAUAAACUGAACAAUUUCGAAAGAAAAUUUACGUUAGAAAACCAAGUGAAAAAACAAAGAACAAACUGACUCUAAAUAUUUGGUGUAACUGUGGUUCCAUUGAUACGUCAACCAGAAUGGUAAAGCUGCACUAACCAAAUAUUGUUUGUGGAUUACUCGUUGAAAUGUACUGAAUCGUUCCAUUGAAUAUGGAAAUGAACAACAUGGGAUACUCAUCACAUCAUCACCAACGUGACCGAAAUGAAAGGCGCUAUUCUGUACCUCAAGGUCCGAAUAUUCCAAUAGCACCGCAGGCCGCUUCUGAAGAUUUGCACGCCUGGUCAAUUUAUAGACAAAAUCUGAAUUCCGAUUUUACGGAUUCGGCGCUGGGAUCGUCGGAUAAAUCACCGUUGCCAUAUGGAAAUUUUCAGCUUAGAGACACCACUGUGCAAUCAAUUUUAAAUCACCCACGCUAUGGGCCAAAGUCGCCGUUAGGUUCGAAUAUGUAUACUUAUUUGAAGUUUGGGCUACCUCGUGUCUUUCCUCCGAAUAUGGGAGCUUCACAAAGGACACAUCGUGCUGGUCCAGGGCCCGGAUACAAAGCGCACAUAAACAACGGUUAUCGAGAUAGUUCAGGAGGUGGACUCUCAUCCGGAUACGAUAGUAGUGACAACGAAACAACAGCACGUGGCCGUAUUCCACCUAAUAGCAAAAUUCGUAAAUUUCGAAGCGAGUCAGAUUUUCGUGCACUAGGAAUGGAACAUUCACGACCCGGAUCACACAUGCAUAACGGGGGCAAUCCUUCGAUAUCGGCCCUGCGGCAAGCACACAGCCGCGCUAGCAUAGCUGGGCUUCAUUUGCAUCAACAAAUGAAUGGAGGUGGUAGAGGUGGCAAACACUAUGGAUACCGUUCUCAUAGUGAGGCCGAUCUACUGGGUGGAACCAGCGGCCAUGAUACGAUUGGAAGAGACUAUCAAAGACACAUGCGACAUUAUGCAUCCGAAGUUCCAAUGUCAAACCUUUCACCAUCACGUCGACAAUCUGCUGCAAUGGCGCUUGUCUACCCCAACAUACAAGUUCACUGCUUAGAUAUUGAGCCAAACUUGAGAGGGGUAUCAUUUCAAGCGAAAGCUGGUGACUUGUAUGCCAUCAUGGCUACGUCAAGUCGGGAGGGGACGAUACUUCUGGAAACUUUAGCUGGAAUAAGAGAUCGUACGUCUGGCGAUAUUUUAAUUAAUGGUCAACGAAUUUCACAGCAUGGAUUAAAAAAUCUGUGUAGCUAUGUGCCAGCACCAGAAAAAUGUUCACUUGAUCCACGAAUGAGCGUAAAAAGUAUUCUUAAUUUUUACUCAACACUCCGCGGUCCAAACGAAACGAUUAAUUCCAAACAACAGAUAAAUAUUCUGAUUGAAGAUUUAGGAUUGACUGCUGUUAGGGCUUCGAAUAUAUCACGUUUAACACAAUCGGAGAAGCAACGUCUUUGUGUUGCCUGCCAAUUGCUUACGGACGCAUCAGUUUUGAUAUUGGAUCAGAUUACGACAAAUAUGGAUAUAUUUGAUACGUUCUUUCUAGUCGAAUAUCUACGACAAUGGUGCAGUAAUGGUAAAAUGGUUAUCAUGACGCUGCAGCCUCCAACAUUCGAAAUAUUGUCGAUGUGCUCAGGUGUUCUUCUACUCUCUGGCGGACGGACUAUAUAUUCUGGUAGUCGAUCCGACCUACCACGUUACAUGGGCAGUGUUGGCUUCCCCUGUCCUCCUUUCAAGAAUCCUGCUGACUAUUACUUGGACCUGGUUACACUGGAUGACCUGUCAGCUGCUGCAAUGCUAGAAUCUUCAGCCAGAAUUGAAACGUUGGCCAACGCGUGGGAUCAGAUGAAUUCAGAGCCGCCUUUGGCUGCUCCUCCAACUGCUUUGCCAUACUUCGUGCGCCGUGCCGGCUUUUGUGGUCAACUGUACGCGCUUAUCAAGCGUUUCAUCGUUUAUAAACAACCUGGAUCGAUAUUAUCAUGGAUUAGUAAACUUAUCGUAGCGGCCAUUCUAUCAUUGUUGAUCGGCUGUAUUUUCUGGGAUGUUCCAGCAAGCGAUUCACAAUUGAAAUAUAACGAUCGACUUGGAUAUCACCAUUGCGUAAUGAUGGUUUGCGUUUUUCCAUUAUUAUUAAUGACCAUAAAAGAUAUUCACACCGAUCGAAAAUAUGCCGAAAAAGAUAUUGCUUUAAAGUUCUAUGGGGGAACCGUUUACAUCGUCAUACAGGUGCUGCUAAAUAUUUUGCCAUCGUUAUGCAUAUGGACGAUAUACCUUCUGCCAGCCCAUGCCAUGUCGGGUCUUUACUCAAAUUCAAAUGAAUAUAGCAUCGGGGAAUAUACUGGUUACAUGUUACUAUUCUUGACGGUGUUGCAAAUAUUAACGCAUUUCUGUUCGCACCUAUUAAAUACUAAAACAGCAGCUUCCAUUCUAUUAAUGCUAAUAAUGUUGGCCAUAGCAUCCGUCGGUGGUUAUGUUAUUCAUAUCGGUGAAAUACCAUGGUAUUUAUGGUGGAGUGAGACUUUUUCACCGCAACGAUGGCUACUACCAGUGAUAAUAGCAGAUGAAUUCACAGAAGCAGCGCUUGGAAGUAAACAAUUGUGCCGAAACAAACACAUUCAGCAACAGGAAAUAAUUAUACAGCAACAGUGUGCGGUGGCAAACGGAACCAAAUGGCUUCAAGAUCAUUGGUUACUUCGCGAAAAUCAUAUUCUUGACUCAAAAGAUCCUGAAUCAUUUUCGAUAAUUGCAUUGUUUGUUACGUGGUUCGUAAUAUUUGUGCUAACAUGCCUUGUGUUCAUCAUAAAUGUGCGGAAGUUGUUUCGAAAGAAGAGUAGCAAGCUGAAAUAUGCCUAAUUCAAGCGCAAUUUAAAUACGAUUAGAACCAAUUUUCGCAAUAGUUGGAUGCAAUAAAUCAAGUGACAUACUCGUAUACACGGUCAUAAUCGAAAUUACUAGAAGAAUUGAACUGAACUCCAUUCAUUCUCGUAUCAAUAAUGAUUUUCAUCUACAUGAAAGACGUAGCAGAUUAUUCAUAAGUUUUAUUCGUAAAGUAAAUAUCAAUUCACGUGUAUUUAUCAAUCACAGAUCGAUUUUAUUUGAUUUUCCAAAACAGUAGGCAUAAUCUGUAUAAGAAAAAAGCAUUAUAUAAGCAUUUAUAUUCAAUUUGAUGUUAAAUGAUCAGUCAAAAGGCGUGCACUUAUGAUGCACGUUCUACAUACGAACAAUAAACUCCUAUUACAUGUAAAA